CUCCCAUGGGCAUGUGCCUUUUACGCGCACCUCGACUGAACGCCCAUCAUCUCCUCCUGUCUCUCCUGGAAGAUCUGACGCCUCAUCCUCAAGUACCACAACGGCCCCGCUGACCACUCCCCCACCACCAUCACCCCGUCGUCUGCUGAUCUCGAGUCCCCCCUCCAAGAGACAUCGAGCUCGACUUUUUUUUAUCCUUCUCCCUUUCACGACAGUUUCAUUCUUUUUAUUGUUUGCGUUUCCCCAUCGUCGGUGUCCUGUCACUUUUUGUACCCAAACUUAACCUCCGCGAACCACCUGGCAAUCCUCCGUCGACGUCCUUCGCUAGCGAUGAGAUAGAACAGCGUCCGUCCCAACAGUGACCGAGGAACGCACCAGCCACCUCCCGACCGACCGGCCUCGCUCGACCGACGAGUACAAUUAUCAGUGGCGGCAUUUGCUCUUUUUUGCCUUGAAGGCUUGUCAGCGCAGGAAACGCAUCGUUUCUUUCUCUUUUUGGACUUAUUUUCUUGCUUUGGUCUUGGUUGUCAGCAACCUCAAACACCAUGGACGUACACGAGAUAGCGUCAUCCGGCUCCGCGACGCCGGCCCCAGAAGGCGUAUCCACUCCGCCAGCGCCGGACAUGCCGAUCAAGGAGAAGAACCGUCACCGGCUGCUCCGACGGAUUCAACGGAUAUCUUCAUCACCUUCACUGACCAACUUGCGUCGCUCGAGGUCUGUUGGGAGCCCCUACAGCACACGAAGCACACUCUCGUGUGUUAGUCUCGCCGCUGUUGGCCCACCUCAGACCCCCCACAGCGUCCGAUCUCCAACCCCACAAACAUUGCCACUGGGGGUUUCCAACGCGUCGACAUUUUAUGCCCAUUCUUCCGGGGAGUUUCCGUUUGAGAGCAUCGAGAGUCAAUUGGGAAUCCGGAAGGUCGACAAUGGCACCCCGGCCACAACUCCAGGCACCGUGCCGCUCCCGUCUGAUCUCAGGCCACCCUUCCAUUUCUGGGAGAGGAUGCCUUACGAGCUCCAAAUUCACAUCUUCUCCUUCUUCAGACCGAAGGAGCUGGUACGAACCUCUCGAGUUUCGAGGUCGUUCUACAAGGCCUGUUUCGAUGGCCAGCUGUGGACAUCUCUUGAUGCCUCCGAGUUCUACCGAGAAGUCCCAGCCGAAUCAUUGGCCAAGAUAAUUGUCGCCGCGGGACCUUUCAUCAAGGACCUGAACCUGCGAGGUUGUGUGCAGGUUGAGCACUACAAGCGCACUGAAGUUAUUGUCAAGGCGUGCAAGAACCUCAUGAAUGCAACCCUGGAAGGUUGCCAGAACUUUCAAAAGAAUACGCUUCACAGCUUGCUGCGAAGCAACGAGAAGCUGGUCAGUCUCAACUUGACUGGACUGACGGCAGUUUCCAAUACCUCUUGCAAGAUUAUUGCCGAAUCUUGCCCCCAACUCGAGGUUUUCAACAUUUCAUGGUGUGGCAGAGUGGACGCUCGAGGCGUCAAGACAGUGGUUGAAGCUUGCCCAAAGCUGAGGGAUCUCCGUGCCGGCGAAGUCGGAGGUUUCGACAAUUUGGCUGCUGCAAAGGCCAUUUUCAAGACCAACAACCUGGAGAGACUGGUUCUGAGCGGCUGCGCGGAGCUCACCGAUGAAGCUCUCCAAGUCAUGAUGCACGGUGUUGAGCCGGAGAUUGAUAUUCUGACCGAUCAGCCAAUUGUUCCUCCUCGAAAGCUUCGCCACUUGGAUCUCAGCCGUUGUGCUCGUCUCACAGACGCAGGUGUAAAAGCCUUGGGUCACCUUGUGCCAGAUCUCGAGGGUCUGCAGCUCUCUGGCUGCAAGCUGUUGAACGACGAUGCCCUCGAGUCCAUUCUGGCUUCGACGCCUAGGCUAACGCACCUUGAGCUCGAAGACCUUGAGAAUCUCACAAACUCAAUCUUGUCUGAACAUCUAGCCAAGGCGCCAUGUGCUGACUCACUGGAGCACCUGUCCCUAAGCUACUGUGAGAAUCUUGGUGAUACGGGUAUGUUACCGGUUAUGGAACGUUGCACGAAACUCAGGAGUGUCGACUUGGACAAUACCAGGAUUAGCAACCUCGUCCUCGCAGAGGCAGCAUCCAUGGUUAUGAAACGCUCUGAACGAUCAAUGAAAGCAGGAACACGACCGGACCUCACUCUCCAGAUGGUAGUCUAUGACUGUCAGAAUGUGACAUGGGCGGGUGUUCGAGAAGUUCUCUUCAGAAACACUCAAGUCAAGCCUGUCGCAGGUCAGAGCGGCAGAGUGAGCUACCCGACUGAGGUGAUUGGAUUGAAGUGUUUCUACGGCUGGCAGAUGACGGUUGAUGAGCACCAGAAGCGGGUUCUGCGGGGUGAUCUUGCAGCCGCAGGCCGCUUAGAGAGGAGAUGGGCAGAUUACAUGCAGGCUACCGAGGAAGCGGGCAUGACAGGUGCGGGCUACCGGAGACGCAGGCGUCGAGCCCGGGAGGCCCAAGCCCUCCAUAUGGACGAGGAAGACGGGGGCUUGGGUCCUACGGGUCGCCGGAGGGCUCGCACACUCGGAUCAUGCUCUGUCAUGUGAGCUUCCGAUAUGACUUAUAUAACAAGGCCAGAAACUGCAUGGAAUGCGGAUUUGACACACAACAAACGUACAUGGAUGGGCUUUUUUCCCCCGAUAUUCAGGUCAACAAGGUGGUGUUCAAUUUGGGAUAGGCAAGCACUUGGAUCUACUGGAGUUUUUCAGUGGGCGGCGUCAAGGUAGAACAAGGUAUAUGUGUUUCUGGGUGAUUUCCAUACUGUUUGGCAUUCAUAGCAUGAUAUCGGCGCAGAUGUAGCUCAAGGGUUUCAUCACACUCAACGAUGGUCAUUCUGCAUCUUUGUAUAGACGGUCAACUACAUGAGAGCAAUUCUAAGCUGGAUAUCUACGAG